AUGCUGAAUCGCUUUAUGCCGUGCAGCCAGCCCGAUUGGACUCGAUCGAAUCGUUCAACGAGCGAUCCACGUGCCCCAAUUGCUUCGAAGGAUGAUGAACGUGAUCGUGGAACGGCAUUUGAUGGAACGAAUCGAAUUAGUCUGUUUUGCCCCAUGGACGUUCGUGAGAAAGAAGCUGCGGGUGGAAGUAAGGGGUUGCAGGCUGAUAGAGAAAAUGAAUCGACGGUGCAAUCGAAAAGUUAUUCGAUGAGGUGUGCACACGACGUCCGACUAGGCAUCGAGCUCGAUGUUCGAAGGAUGGUAUUGGACCCCAAGGUCACGAGUCUGCAUAGUGAUUACGGAAGCUUCGAUCGACCAUUGGGCGCCGGAGAGGGCCACGAGAGGGACGUCGAGGCGGCGGUUGAUGGAAGUAGCAACGGGAUGGCACAGUCGAGCGACGUUUACCAACGGCAGCCGUUAUUACCUGGUGCACCGACCAAGGGCAAGGAUAAGUGGUCCGGGGUGGCAUCCAGCUCCGACUAUUACGUGGACGACGAGGACGAGAAAAUCGACAGUCUCGGUCGGCAUCCUGGCAUACCAAAUGGCUCCGGGAAUGGUGUCGUUAAGCUCGACAUACCCGCGCCACUUCGGGAAGAACCUCGUUUCCCCAAAGAGAAGUGGAAAACGUUUAUUGCAUUUUUAUUUAUGGUCGUGAAUUUCAUACUAACCACCGCGUCCCUCGCGAUGGUGCACGAACGGGUCCCGGAUCGAAAUAUAUACAAACCGCUUCCGGAUAUAGUGUUGGACCACGUUGCCGCUGAGGACUGGGCCCUAAACGUGUCGGAAGUUUUGAUUAUGAUAAUGUCCAACUCAGCGAUGGUUUUUAUUAUUUUUCAUAAGCAUAGGUUUAUCGUUGUUAGGCGAAUAUUUCUUUUGAUGGGACUGUUGUACAUGAUGAGGAGUAUUACAAUGUACGUGACGGUACUGCCUGUUGCCAGCAAAACGUAUUUUUGCAGUCCGAAAGCGAACAAUACCAGUGCGCUAUUGGUUACGAAAAGGGUUUUGCAGCUCAUUUCUGGCUUCGGCUUGUCUAUAAACGGCAAGCACACUUACUGCGGGGAUUACAUUUACAGCGGUCAUACAGUCGUGCUUGUACUUAGUUACCUGAUUAUCAAGGAGUAUUCUCCGAGAAGGUGUCAACCAAUUCAUUGGCUGGCGGGCAUUGCUGUCCUUGUUGGGGUAAUUAUGGUCUUGAUCGCUCACGGACAUUACACUGUGGAUGUCCUCAUAGCAUACUAUGUAACUACACGCUUAUGGUAUAUCUAUCAUACGUUAGCUAAUAAUUCGCAUCUUAAGCAAUAUGAACCAAACAACUUUUUGGCCCGACUCUGGUGGUUUCCUAUUUUUAAAUAUUUCGAGAAAAACGUGGGCGGCACGGUGCCACGACAAUACGACUGGCCUUUACCCUGGCCUCGACGAUUCCUUGCCAAGCACCCUAAUCGGGACAGUUAAUGUCUGUCUUUGAUUUCACGAUAGAGGCUGUCAAACAACGGAGUUACUUUGUUGUAAUUUGUAUAUAUAUAAACAUAUAUGUAUACGUACUUAGGCUUAUAAAAAUGUGAAGAUAAAGCUUUACUAGAAAGUGGUGCGGGAGAUGUGUGUGCAAGUUUUCGUUAUUGUUGAUAAGUACAUCCAGUCUCGAGAUUUGGCGAAAACUUGAGGUGUUCACUUCCUUAAGAAAAAAGAUAUAAAACGAAAAAAAAAAAAAAACAGCGACAAAGAAAAAAAAACUGUAAAACAUGAACGAUAGUGAAAACAGCUUGUACCGUCAUGUUCGUUAUCGUCCAAUCACGGAACCUAUUUUUUUCUUGAUUUUGAUACGACUUAUAUAUACAAGGUAAGAGGCUAGAUAAACGAUAGCUUGAGAUAUUUAGUCUCACGAUGAAUUCAUGUAGAGGGAGGUAUUCAAGAGUUACCAACAAAUUAGUGUAUAAAAUAAAAUGCUAGAUAUCUCUAUUUUCAGAUACUCCGAAUGUGAAAUACUUAGAUGUAAAAAAAAAAAAAAAGAGAGAAAUUACGCUGCACUGUAAUUCGGUCGAGCGUAAUGGUAAUGCGAAACUGUCUUGUUGAACGUAGCAUUAACAAGCAAGAAGCGAUUUCUUUUAUAAACUUUCUCGUUUGAACAACGAUACGUAUAUUGAAAAUUUAAACAAACAUCGUUUCAAUAAGAAAAAAGGAAAAAUAAAAAAAAAAACAAAAUACAAAGAAAAAGAUGAGAAAAAUAAAAAAAUUUUGUUUGCCGCGAGACCUUCCUCUGGCUAAUCUGUACGAAACGCGUUUUAAUCUUUCGACUUCCAAACAACCAAGACGAUGUUCUUUAUACUUACUAAAUGGCGGCAUGCCUUAUUCCGAUGAAAGUUAACCGAAUGAAUCGCGAUUUUCGAAUUUUUAAAUCGGUCAAUUAUAUCGUUUGUUUCCUAUUUUAUAGGUUUUUCGUGACGUAGAGCUUUCCCUCGAAAUUGGAACAUUUUUUAAAAUAAGAAUUUUUUAUCGCAGAAAUGGUUAGUGAAGAAUUGGCAUAGUUUUAAAAUUUAAUCGAUGAUCGUGCAAUUUCGUGGGACCAAGUACAGACAACAGUCGGAAAUAUACUACUUUUCGAAUAGCGACCGAGAAUAAUUUUCUUUUGUAAUGACAAUAGAAGUUGCGCAUAACCGGGACAGGAUACAAAGCAGUUUUCGAAUGUUCAGGUUUUUGCUCUAUUUUUUAGACCAUAAUUUUCAGCGUUGUCAUCGACGUGUUUGCAUCGCAAUGUGUUCCCUUCGAAAUCCAUAAAAUUUCUUGUCUACGAUCACGCGAUCGAAAGCCAAGUGUAUUACGUGUGCAUGCCAAUGAAAUUCGUAAUUCCUCGGAAUAAGGUCGCUUUAUGAUCUACACACACCAGAUGUUGUCACGCAUACGUGAGGAUGGAAAUGUCAAAUCGUGCAAAGAAAACUUAUAUUGUCACUAACGAACUUUCGACAAGAAGUCUAACAAAAUGAAAUCUGGCAAACAUGGUUUCCAGCGAUUUGUCCUUUGUAUGAUUUCAUUCUGUUCACGAUCUUCUGCCAUCUCACAAAUUCGCAACAAUUCUUGCCCCGCUCUCUUCGUUGGAGCAUUCUUCAGUUUCAUCGUCAAUUUUCUUCUAGUUAUUAGCACAAAAGCGCUUGGAAUCUCUACGUUAAGCGUGCGAAGAUACGAAGUACGUUCUAGCGAAUCUCAAUUAUCUAAUCAGGGUGUGAUAAGUAAUUAAACGAUGAAAGAAGGAUGCGAUAUUAUUCCUCUUUGCGAUCGAAAGCAUUGAAGUUGAUGAUACUUGCGAAGUCUGUGAAUAGUUUAAGUGACAUUGCCGGCGAUUUGUUGUUUUCUGCAUGCAUGAUUUAUUGUUAAUGCCCGUGCAAAGUUCUCGUUAUUCGUUGUACAAAUUGUCCACGUUUACGUAACGUUAGUUUUCAAGUGGAUGCGAAUAACCACACGUGCGGCCGAUGAUCCUGUUUCUCGUUUCAAAAACACGUUUUUGUUUCGAUACAUACGCGGUCGAACGAAUUUGACGGUUGACCGACGAGAAGGAAAAAAAAGAAAAAAAGAAGAAGAGAAAAAGAAGAAUAAGAAAAGAGACAUUUACGACGAAGCGAAGAAAGAAUGGUGGAAGCGAGGCAAAUCGAAUGGAAUCCAUUGGCCCUUAUUACGUGUAAUUAAGUCUCUUUCCGUCUGUGAUGAUAAACGAAAAAACAAGUGUCGUCGUUGUGCGAGUUUCUCGGUCGUGGAACGAGGCAAAUUCGUAAAACGAUACGGUAUGGCGUGCCCAUUACAGCCAUUGAUAUUUCUUCUUAACCCCCUGUGGUUCAUCAGCAUUAUCUAAAUUAAGCAUAUAAAACGCUGCAAUUUACAUCCAGUAUUUAACCAGCAUUUUAAUAAUCGGUCAAACGGUACAGAUAUUCGUUUCAGCGCUUCUUGAAAGAUAUAACGAGUAAAUUAAACGAUCAAUUAAUCGAUAACAAUGGCGCACAUUGAACCAUGGGGGGUUAAAACGCUCGUAUAGAUGCGUGUAUGGGAUACACAUAUAUAUUUUAAUAAGAUUAAAUGUGGUUCGUAGCGAUAUUGUUAAGUGACGCAACAUUCGACGGAGUUAAUUAAACGAGAGAAAAAAACAGAAAAAAAAAAAA